AUGGCAGACUACAACAGCGCAGUGGACCCGGAGAUACCGGUGCUGAAGGGAGAGAUGCUGAAGGACUUCACCCGCUACAAGAGAGCAGUUCAAGCAGCGGAGCUGAGCUGUGAUAGUAAAGAAGCGAAGCAGGCGCUCGGUCCGAAACUGCGCCGCAACCUGCUGGGCGCGGACAACUCCAUCCGCGUGCUGACCGAACAGACGAAUCCGAAGGACUACGCGACGGAGGAUGGCGCCCAGACGCUGCUGAGAUUCCUCGAGGAGCAGCGCUUCGCCGAGAGCAGCUUUAGGGAGUUGCCGAAGGCUUUCGGCGAAUUCUUCGACCAGACUCACUUCGAAGAGAAGUGCGAGGAGCCGAUGGCAACGUGUUGCACGGCAAUGGGAGUGGCGAAGCGCACUCUCGAGGAAGUGGACCAGACGCGAAGCUGGCGAUGGGCGAACUACAACGACGGCGAGCGCGACCCUGAGGACGCGGACCCGAACGUCGAGCACGACGGGUACUGGGUCCAGGACGACGACGGGUACUGGUACGCAUGGGACGUAAAGUACGGCGUCUACGCGUUCGCGGAGAACGGCGACGCCGGCUGGGACAGCAGCGGCCUGUUCCACAUCGACACCGACGUCUACCUCGCGGGCGAGGGCGACGAGCACCGGCAGGCCCUCGUCACGCCGCGCGAGAGCAGGCUCAAGAUGAACAAGAUCAGGGCGGCUCAAGGUGGCAAUGGCGGCAAGGGCAAGGGCGGCAGCAACGGCAAGUCCAAGGACGCGAGGCCGGCAAGCAAAGGCUUCAAGGGCCGCGGCAAGACCUCUAAGGCUCAGUCUCGUCCACGACGGCUGGGUCUCUGGGCGAUGACCUCGCCUGCGUGCGUCAUGCAGGACACGUUCCACCAGAAGGGCGCCCAGGACCAGGAGCUCGCGACGGAGAAGUUCCAGGAGCCAGCCGAGUACGACAUCAUGAUGGUCAGCGCGGAGAGCGACCCGAUCCUACGGACGUGGCGCGGCCGGCUGGGGAAGAUCGCGGCGGAGCUCGAGAAGUACGGCCCGAGGCCCAUCAUCGCCGAGGCGAGCCAGAAGUUCAAGGGACUUGGCGGGGACGGCCAGCGGGCCGACUUCCAGGAGCUCGGGGUGCACGGCAAGGAGCUCGUGGAGCUUCAAGGCGGCCACGCGGGCAUCGACAUCUUCGACUACGACCUGGAGUCGCGCGAGGCGGAGCCCCUUUUCGACGAGUUCCGCAUCGCCGUCGAGAACGUCGAGCCGGAGGCUUUCCUGGUCGCGGAGACACUGCAGGAGUCCAAGCAAGAUCUCAAGGUCAAGGACGACGCCGAUCGGCGGGUCCAGGAGGCCAUGAAGAACGGUACCAAGGGGAUCUUCAAGAAGGGCACGCUCAAGCGGAUCGACAAGCUCAUGAAAGAGUAUGCGGUCAUGUUCGACGUGCUGCGCGACAACAACGAGACGUUUCUCUGGAAGUUGUUCGCGAAGGAGGGCAUGGGCGACCGAGUGGGCGACCUUAUCCAGGUCCCGAUCGUGGACCUGCUGAGCAGGCGCGGGAACAUGCCGCCACUCUACGAGACGGUCACGCUGCGCCAGUGCAUGCACGGGUUCGUGGACAACUACGGCGACCCGAUUCGCAAGCCGACGUGCGUGAUGGCGCCCGAAGGUUCGAGCUUCCCGGGGUGGCUCGAGCGCAGGUGCGACGGGGGCCACAAGCGCGCCGACAUGGUCGGGCGGAGCUCGGCACUGGCGCAAGCGGGCGCCUGGCCGGACGACCUGGGCAAGGCUCUGGCGGGCGCCGGCGCGCACGAGCUGGCACGACGUACCAGCCCGAAGGAGAUUGGCAUCGGGAGCGGCGCGGCGAGGUCCCCGAGCAAGCAGAUCGUGAACGCAGUGGCGACGGCGUUCAAGCUGUGGAAAGACCUGACUGACGCGACCGCACUGACGGGCGACGAGGAGGUUCCGCACCCUCGCGGGAAAGUGCGGCGCAUCUGCGCGAUGUAUUCCAACGAGGACGUAUUGGCAGACUACAGUGACGCCUACGCGGGCGACCUGGGCUUCGCAACGAUCAAACUGGCCAAGCGGUUCCCCACUGACACGGUGGUCGCGGCCUACGUGAAGGCGCCGAAGGUGCAGGCGCCCUUCCCUGCGUCGGUGCACAUCUACGGGGGCCAGCCCAAGGCUUUCGCCCCAGGCGAUCGCGAAGCGGACACCGCACAUCGAGACCUACAACACGAGGGCGAGAGCUUCGGGGACAAGCCUUCGGACAUCACCACGGCUCAGUGGGGCGCUCUCAAGAAGCUCCACCUCAACCUGAGCCACCCUUCGGCUCACGCACUGAAGCGGCGACUGAAGUCCUACGGAGAGCUUGGCAGGCCCACAACGGUGAGAAGCUCGAACCUGAAGCUCUCGACGGAAUUCAACGAGAACGCGUUCCUGGACGAGGCCGAGGUGACACUUGCAGACGGGGCCCGACUGAUGGUCAUGGUGAUCUUGGACGAUGCGUCGGGCUCCCGGUUUAUCAUUCCUACCACUGCAGUGAGGUCCAUCACUGGCGAGGAGAGCGCGCGAUGCUUUUCGCAAGGCUGGCUAUCGUGGGCUGGGCCGCCCAAGGUGCUGCACUACGACGCAGCCACGGGCCGCGUCGCGAAGCGGUUCGCGGAGACCGGAGAGAAGUGCACCAUCCUGAUGAGGCCGGUCCCGGCAGAGGCGCCCCAGCUCAAGGGUCGAGUGGAGCGCGCGAUUGACUUCUUCAAGGAUCACUCCCAGCGCUUGAGCCACGACGUGCAGCUCACCAAGAACGACGAUCCGCAUGCGUGGACAUCGGUGAUUGCGAGAACGUGCAACAACCAAAUUCGGCGGAACGGCUUCACUCCCUACAAAUAUGUGCCGGGCCGGUCGCCUGGCAUUCUGGCUUCGCUGAUCGAGGCGAUGGAGGGCGAACAGAGGCAGCUGGCAUCGCAGAGCGCGGCUCUCUUCGAGGAGGGCCCGAGAAGAGCAGGGCAGAUACGUGCAGCGGCGAACCGGGCGUUCUUUGAGCUGGACAGCGACGGCGCCGUCAGGAGGGCGAUGGUUGGUCGAGUUCGCCCGCCGCGCGGGCCGUUCGCGCCGGGCCAGCUGGUGUUCUACUGGCGCGAGGUGAAGCACGCGAAGUCUAAAAGGUUGCAAGGCGAGCACGGCUGGCGUGGAACAGCGAUCGCGUUGGCGACCGAAGGCCACACGAGGCUGCACCUCAGCUACCGCGACGCCGGAGCAUGUGCGACACGCAUCCCGGAGCGAGGGGCGAGAAGGACUCGGAUCACGAGGACGAGGAUGAACCUGCACCCGGAGACCUACCCGAAGUGCCGCCCCUACCGGGAGGAGGACCAGCUCCUCCAGAUCAAGCUACAGACCCACCUGCUGCGGCAGCUGGGCAGGGGCACUCCAUGGGCCUGGAUGCGGCGGCUGGGCCAGGUACCCCGCAUCAGCGGCAACAGCAACCAGGCUCUCAAGGGCAGCCCCAUGCGCCUCCCGAAGGUGUCAGACGACCCGAUGGAUCAGGAAGCACUCUUCGCCAAGGUCAGGAACCGCCGGAGGGGCGCGCUUCUGUCCAAGAAGACCGACACUACGACGAAGCAGGGCACUCCCAAGAAGGGUCGGAAGAUCCGCAGCACCCCACAGGAGUGGAAGGCGGCUUUCGACGCGAGCGACCUGGAGGAGUGGCGCAAGUGGGUCGGGUGCGACGCAGUGGACCGGCCGACCGAGGAGAAGCUCGCGGGGGUGGACAAGACGGCGAUCCUGCCCAUGAGGCGUGUUCGCACGGACAAGAACGAGGCGACGAGGGGCAACCUGACGUACGAGCAGCACCCACUCAAGGCGAAGUCCCGGUACAUUGUCCUGGGAUGCAAGGACGAGCAGCUGCUCGCGGGCGAAUUGCAGACCAACGCCCCCGCUCUGACGGACACGGCCACGGCGGUGAUCCUGCAGGAGGCUGCCAGCCAGUCGGGCUGGAGGCUCGAACAGGGCGACGUCAACUCGGCAUUUCUGAACGGGAAAUACCUCGACAGCUCUCGACGCGAGUACUUCCGCGCGCCGAAGGGCGGCCUGCCGGCUGUGCCGGAGAUGGGCUGGGCAGCCGUUCCAGGAGGGACGGUGCUGAGAGCGAAGAAGGGGAUCUACGGGCUGAAUGCCCCCUUCAUCUUCCACGACGAGAACGAGAAGCUGAUCGGCGUGAUCGGGACGCACGUGGACGACGAUUUGGUAGCGGGCUCGCCCGAGUUCUUCGCUAACCAGGUGGCCAAGCCGAGGAAGAUGCGCUGCCGCGGCAAGUGGCAGACGGCGAAGACCGGUCUCCAUACCUGCGGGAGGUUCCUCAAGCAGAGCAACGAUGGCACCGUCGCCUGUAGCCAGCGGGAGUGCACCGAGAGCAUCGGGAAGGACAAGGAAGCGAAGGCUACGCCCGAGGAGAGGGCGAUGCUCCACAGCGGCAAAGGCCAGAUCCAGUGGCUGGUGCGAUCUGCCGGCAUGGACUCGGCGUUUCGGCUGGUGGAGAGUCAGGCGAGAGCCCACGACAGCGACCUGGAGGUUCAGGACCUGCUGGACUUCAACAAGCUGGUGAGCGACGCCAAGACGGACCACGUGGACAUCGCCUUCCAGAAGAUCAGCAUGGACGACGCAAUCGUGGUGGCAGUUGGAGACUCUAGCCAUGGCAACGUGGGCAAGACGAAGACCGCGAGUCAGGCGGGCCUGGUCAUUCUGCUCGCAGACAACAAGGACGAUCAGUUCCUUCGCGGGUGGCCGGCCAAUAUCACUCCCAUGUUGUGGCGAUCGCACCGCAUCAAGCGGGUGGCGCGCAGCGCCGUGGCGGCCGAGACGACGGCGGCACUGGAGGCGGUCGAGAGUGGCGACAUGCUGAGGCAGAACCUGGUGGAGCUGCACUACGGGCUAGGAUACCAGACCCGCAUGGACGACGUGAAGGCGAUCAAGAUGGUGGAAGUCACGGGCUGUAGGUCGCUCUACGACCUGCUCCAGAAGCGAGGGACGGUGCCCUCCGAGAAACGGCGGCUGAUCGAGAUCGAGUCGCUCAGGAACGAUCUGGAGUUCAACAACGUGGUGAGCAAGUGGGUGAGCACGAAGCAGAUGCUCGCCGACUGCCUAACCAAGCACGACGUCCGCGCUGGCGACUACAUGAGGUACGUGCUCCAGACCGGUGAGUGCCGGCUGACGGAGGAUCUCAUGGCGGACCAGAUCAUAGCCAAGCAGAAGAUGGAGCUUAAAGGACGCAGGGGUGAAUACUACCGCUCGAAGUAUCCCAAGAGGCCGCGACCUGCUGACCAGCUCUUUGUUCACGAGGGCUACACCUACUUCGAGGACUGCAUUGCGGAUGUGAGGUACACUGCGCGUGCGGCCCAGCCUGCUCCGAUGCCCUACCUCUGUUGGCGGAUGAUGCUGGGGCAGCGCGAGGACGAUGUCUACAACGAGAAGCUCGAGGGCAAGGUCGACUGGUCUGGCCUAGACCAGGUGACGAAGCGUCGGAGGAUCCCGACCCACGUGCGGAAGCUGGUGACGAUCUAUGCACCGACCAAGGCGGUCCGCGAGCGCUACGAGAAGGACUUCACGGAGAAACGCACCAUCAAGAAACCGAAGGUGACGGAUGAUGACGACCCCCAGGGGCUAGGUGCAACUGAGGAGCUUGGUGCGCACGUGGAGUCGGACGAGAAUGUGAAAAUGUAUAGCACCGACGUCGCGGAGAUCUACAUGAUGGACGCUGCGGGUGCCGAGUCUGAAGAGAUCAAAUCAGGCGCCGCUGCGGCUGCGACGGUGACGGUGUGCGCUUUGUGCCGGAUGACGCUGGACCAGUGCGACUGCGGACCGAAGACCCGCAAGAAACCGCAUCGGGCGUUUACCUCUGCGCGUUCCGACGAUCUACCUGCUGUGCCUGAAGACGAAGAUGAUGACGAGGAAGCAGGGACAUGGCAAAAGGUACCGACGAAAAAGGAGAUUCUGAAGGCUCGCGCGCUACACGACAGGACCGGACAUGCAUCGUACGAGAAGAUCGCGGACGAAUCCGGCGACGUGAUAGAAAACGGUGUUCUGCAGGCGUACGAGCUGGUGGUCAAGACCUGCGACGAGUGCAGUCGGGGAAAGAAGGCCCACGCCUCGAUGCAGCGCGGAGCCAAGGGCAGUGAGUUCGAGACGUACGAGUCCACGAGCAAGGCCAAGGGCAAACUCAAGGGGAAGCAGUUUGCCUGA